UGCAUUAUUGUAGAGGCUGGGCUUAUUACUUUUAACACUGACUUGUCCUAGCAGGUAGCUGGUAGAAUUUAUCGCCAAAGACCAGAAACAUGCACUGUGCCAUCUUAAAGGCAGAAGCAGUGGAUGGGGCUCAUGUGAUGCAGAUCGUCUGGCAUGACGGGGCAGAAUCCCUCUACCCCGCAGUAUGGCUGAGAGACAACUGCCAGUGCUCAGACUGCUACCUGCAUUCUGCAAAAGCUCGGAAACUUCUCCUGGAAGCUCUCGACGUGAACAUUAGAAUCAAAGACUUGGCAUUUAACCGGGAAAAGGUUUAUAUCACGUGGCCCAAUGAGCAUUACAGUGAAUUUGAAGCUAACUGGCUGAAGAAAAGAUGCUUUUCCCAACAGUCCAGAGCAAGACUCCAAGGAGAAUUGUUUUUACCAGAAUGUCAGUACUGGGGCUCAGAGCUCCAGCUGCCAACUCUGAAUUUUGAAGACGUGUUAAAAGAUGAUGAGCAUGCAUACAAAUGGCUCUCCAACCUCAAGAAAGUAGGCAUUGUGAGACUCAUUGGAGCAGCUGACAGACGCGGGGAGAUCACAAAACUUGGGAAAAGAAUUGGCUUCCUGUACCUCACAUUUUAUGGACAUACUUGGCAAGUGCAGGACAAGAUUGAUGCCAACAAUGUGGCUUACACAACUGGAAAGCUCAGUUUCCACACUGACUACCCAGCCCUCCACCAUCCACCUGGGGUUCAGCUGCUGCACUGCCUAAAGCAAACAGUCACGGGAGGUGAUACUGAAAUCGUAGAUGGGUUUAAUGUGUGCCGAAAGCUCAAGGAAAAGAACCCUCAGGCCUUCCACAUUCUGUCCUCCACCUUUGUGGAUUUUACAGACAUUGGAGUGGAUUACUGUGAUUUCUCUGUGCAAUCUAAGCACAAGAUCAUAGAGCUGGAUGAUAAAGGCCAAGUGGUUCGCAUCAAUUUCAACAAUGCAACCAGAGAUACGGUCUUCGAUGUACCCAUUGAAAGAGUUCAACCUUUCUAUGCUGCCCUGAAAGAGUUUGUUGACCUCAUGAACAGCAAAGAAUACAAGUACACCUUUAAGAUGAAUCCAGGUGAUGUGAUAACCUUUGACAACUGGCGCUUGCUUCAUGGUCGCCGUAGCUAUGAGGCAGGAACUGAGAUAACUCGCCAUCUGGAAGGAGCUUAUGCUGACUGGGAUGUAGUGAUGUCAAGGCUACGCAUUCUUCGACAGAGAGUCAAGAACAGAAACUGAAUCUCCUGGCCUUAAAUUGUAGUGCAAGUCCAGUGGCUGAUGUUGUUAUCUAAAGCCUGGUUAUUCUCCUAUCCUGACCAGCAACAUUUAUAUAUUAAUGUCUUUAAAGCUGAACAGGUAACUUCUCUCAUCAUACUAUUCUUUCUGCAAUCACAUUGAAUGUCAGCUUGUUAGAUGUCCUGAUAGAGGGCUGGCUUAAGGUGUCAUUCUGCGGCACGUGUGUUCUGACUUCCUUUGCUUUCACGAGUGUCACCAGAAUACAUUUAGUUUUGUAUCAAACAAAUCUCUCUGAUGAAUAAAACUUUUCUAUACAUAAAUAAAUAUUAAAAUAAGGCUUGUGCUUCAUGUAAAAGGUUUUUAAAACAUGUUCCUGCUCAGUUGCCUACAUGGUCUCAUUUUUCGUGACUGCAUUUGUUAAGCAUGCUUGGAAAAUCUUUGCAUUUUCAAAGAUAUUUUUUCUUUCAUAUUGCAGAAUUUUGUUGCUCUUGCUUACAGAGACUUCACUCACUUGAUAAUCCCAACAUUGCCUGACAUACUUAAAUCAAAACAGUAAGCCCAAGUAUUCCAAAUUAAAAGAAGAAUUUUGUCUCCCUAAAUUUGUUUUGGCUAAAGAAAUACCCCCAUAGACUGACACCGUUGCAGUUAUCACCUAAAGAUGGAUCACUUUUUCUCAUUCUUGGCCUUCAACUCAUGUGAAAGAUGUAGGCAACCUAUUUGAGUGAACAAGAUGUCUGCUUACCUCUGGACAGCCUUACCUGCCUGUUUCAUCUUCCUACAUGGUCACUACCCUAGGGAGGGGACCCAUAGCACAAAACUGUAGUCUAUUGAGCCUCCUGUAUCAGUGAGAUAAAGAAGCUUUGUGAUUCUAAUUUGCUGAGGUUCUGGUAGUAUUCACAUAUUUCGUUUUGUCAGCCUGUUCUAGAAAUCUUUUUUAACAUUAAUUAAUUUUAGUAUACAAAGCAGAGGUUUUUGUUGAGGCAACAUCAUCUUAAUACAUAUACAUAUUUCCAUAUUAAUUUCUCUAUGCCUCAUCUCCCAUCUUGAUGUUUAAGGCUCUUAGCACUAUAUUAAAUAAGAAUGAAAAGAGUGAGCACCUUGACUUCAUUUCUCAUUUUAGAGUAAAAUCUCUGUCUCGCUCUAUUUAGUAUGUUGUCAGUUAUAGUUUCUUCAAACCUUUUAUUAUAAGACAAUACAUAGGCUUUUUCUGAGUCUAUUAAGACCAUGUGAUUCCUAGCAUGGCUUACUUGUGUGCUGUACUAACAUUUAUCUCUUUAUGUGUGUAUUGAAGUCACCCUGUGUCCCCACAACAAAACCAACUUUGUCUGAAUGCAUAAUUUUUUUUAAAAAAGUUCUUAAAUUCCUGUCAGAAAUAGUCCCUGUUCCCCUUAUUAUGGGAAACCAAUUGGUUACUGAGCUACCACGGGCUACAUCCGAGCAGAGGUUCUAGGUUUUAUCCAUACAUGGUCCUUGGUGGAGUGUCAGUCUCAGAAAAGACCCCUGUGCCCAGAUAUAUUUGGUCCUUGUGGAGCUCUUAUCCUUUCCACGUCAUACUAACUCCCCCUUCUUUCGAACUCAAUGGCAGGCUCUUUGACCUCCUCACCCCCCAAGGGAGGAUCAGUCCUGCUAGGCCACAGAGAUAACUGAUAAAACAAGGUCAGAUGAAAGGGGAAGAGGUCCUCCCCAAUCAGUAGACUUGGAAAGGGGCAGGGAGGAGAUGACAGAGGGAGGGUGAGAUUAGGAGGGAAUGAGGGAGGGGGAUACAGCUGGGAUACAGAGUUAACAAAAUGUAACUAAUAAUAAAAAUAAACAAACAAAUAAAUAAAUAAAUAAUUUUUUUAAAGUUCUUAAAUUCAGUUUACAAGAAUUUUUGUAAUAAGUUACAUCUAUUUUCUUUUUUUUUCUAAAUAGAUGGUAAAUUUAUUGUUUUUUCAAGAAAUGCAAUUAAUGUAAAUAUAUACAAAACAAAAAAAACAGAUCUUGUUUUAAUUGUUUUCAAAGAACAGACACUUGCCUUGAGCCUUAAUCAUGCAGCAUUAUAUAUAAUAUUGGGAAACCUGUGGGCACAAGUUGGGAGCUUUUGUCAUCAGGAAAAUUAGUCUGUAUUUUUUUGUUCGUUGAUUUAUUUGUCUGCUGUUUUGGUGGCGUUAUCCAGUUUUGGCAUCAGGAUAAUGCUGGUUUAGCAGGAGUUUGUUAGUGUGCCUUCCUUUUCUAAUUUGCCUACAGUCUAAGAAAUACUGUCUUCACCUCUUUUGACAGUUUGGUAAAAUUCAGCAGAGCUUCCUUCUGACUCUGAGCUCAUCUUUUAGAAACAGAUGUUCUAUAUAUGUUUAAGGUCUUUAUAUCCUCUUGAUAUAAUCGUGGUAAGUCAUAUGUGUCUCAGAAGCCAUCCAUUUCUUUUAGAUUUUCCAGGUAUUUUUUAAAUGCAAAUUAUCAAAGUUUUCACUAGAAUCCCAUAAUUCAUAUGAAAGCAUAAAAGACCACAGAUGUCUGACACAGUGUUGAAGGUAUGAAAUAUUUGUUUCGUUGGAAUCAUUGUAAUAUUCUUCUUUUCAGCCCUAGUUUAAUUAAUUUGGGUCCACAACUCAUUAAUUUCUACCCUGAUGCUUAUUUUCUUUUUCUGUGGUAUGCAUCUGUUUGUAGAUCUAUGUAUGUAUGUACCCUGGAAGUCCAGAAAAGGGAGUGAGAUUCCCUGAAGCUAGGGUGAUAGGCCACUGUGAGCCUUAGGACAUGGGUACUGGAAACUGAAAUAACAGGAUACUAACUGCUGAAUCACAUUACAGCCCCAUUUUCACUGUUUUUUGUUUUGUUUUGUUAUGUUUUGUUAUUGGAACUGGGUUUCUCUUUGCCUUUUUAAAGCCUUAAGGUGUAUUGUUAGGAUAUUUAUUUUAAACACUUUCUGAUUUUCUUUUUAAUGAGAGUACUUACAUCUAUAAACUCUUCUCUUAGAAUGCCUUAGCUACAUCUUAUAUCUUCUGAUAAGUUUUACUACUUUUUCAUUUCCUUCUAAAAUUAUUUUUUUUAAUUUUUUCCCCAAUUUCUUCAAGGAUCCAAUAGACACUCAAAAUGCAUUGUUCGAUCCUUAGAUAUUUGUAUAUUUUUUUACAGUUUUUAAUUAAUUUCUAGUUUUAGUUUCCUAUGCUCUAAUGAAUUACCAAAAAACAUUUAAAUUAUUUUGUAUUUGUUAAGACCUGUGGCCUAGUCUGUGUUCCCAUUCAGGGGUCUGGAUACUGGAAGUGCAUAAAGAGACAACAACUGUGGCCUCUAAAGCACUGGCCAGCCUAGAGUGCAAUGGCUCUACUGGCUGAAAUAGGCACACAUACAAAGUAGUCUGAGAUCCCUAAUAUAUAUGGACGUGUGCAAAGUGGCUGUAAAAUCAUCAUCUGAAAUUCACAUGCUUAGUAGAGUAACCAUGGCUGUCUGGAGAAUAAAAGAAGUGGCUGAAUGCAGUCCUGGUAGUGGGAUAUCUCUGUAUGGAGGAGGACCAAUAGCAUCUCCUUCUCUAAGGAGGUCUGUAGAAAGCUUACUGGUGAAAGCUCCUGGUACUUUUUUACAGGGCAGGCCUUGGGGUCAAUACUGAUGAACACUAUAAAAAGUACAGGAAGUCCAUGAAAUUUAUGGGACUAUUAAGGUUCCAGUGACAUCCUCUUCUUCUUCCUUACCGAGCAGGCUACAUGGGAACAUGCUGGCACUGCACAUGGCAUAGGCUGACAGCCACGGGCAUUCUUGUUCUUUCUAUCCCUCUUCAGACCUCAGCUAAGGGAGUGUCUCAGUGGUUCUUUGUCUGAAAGUUAUUUUCUUGCUUUUGCCCCCACGGUGUCAUUAUAGGUUCUUAAUUAUAUUCCUCAGCUCCCUCAAAGCUAACGCUAAACAUUUUUGUGUAAGGCUUUCAAAGUUUUUGAAAAGAAGUAAAGAGAUUACAAAUAUCUCCAUCCCCUCUUCUUUGUGACAUGGUUUCUACACUAUUUUUUAAAAACUAUAUAAUUCAUGGUAGCUGAUAAAUGAAAGCAAAUAAUAUCUAAGAAAAUUUAGAAUUGGAUAAUGAUUCUGUUUCUUUAGUAUAUAACUCCUAUAGGUAUUUCUAUAAUUCUGUGUAUGACUUUUUCAAGAUUGAUACCAGGUCUUGCUUUGGUGAAAGAUUACUCUUUACCAUCAAUACUUUUCGUUGUGACCAGGAAUGAGGUCAAAGUCUUUUAGACAUCAUUAAUUGCUAGCUAUCACAAGCAUUUCAUUGUGGUUCUAGUGCAUCCAACAUUUUAAAUACACAGCCUGAAAUCUGAAAGCAAAUUUGUACAGGGUGUGGGAUAGAAAUGGGAAAAUAUGUUCUUUUUUCAUAUGAUUAUUUAGAUUCGUUUCAUUCUUUUCUCUAUCUGUCUUUGCCCCAUCAGUGGACUGAAUGUGAGAUCUUGCCAUGUAUGAUGUGUUUCAAAACAACUAUGGGGGGAAGAAAUGCAGCUUUUUAUUAGUGUGUUAAAUGGGAAAUAAAACUUAUAUGUCAAGAAAUAAAAUGGUAUAUUCAUGUU